CUCGAACAUCCGUUUUCCUUUUAGCUGUCAUCUGUCAAACCGGUGGCUGUAAUUUUAAGCAUAUUGUUAAUAAUUAGCAACAAAUAAGUGUUUAAUUGUGCCCGAAACCGAAUGAGUAUGCCUGAAGAAGUGAAAGGUGCUGAGGUGCCCCAUUUUAAUGCACCUGUGAUCCAGGAUAACCCCACCGGAUGGGGCCCAUGCGAAAUGCCUGACCAAUUUAAGGAUAUGCCUUAUCAACCCUUUAGCAAAGGAGAUCGUUUGGGGAAAAUUAGCGAUUGGACUGGGGCUGCUUUCCAGGACAAAAAAUACGCAAACAAAUAUGCCUCUCAAUUUGGAUCUGGUAGCCAAUAUGCUUACUACCAUGAUGAAGAUGAGAGUACAUUCCAUUUGGUGGAUACCACUCGUGUGCAGAAGCCUCCAUACCAAAGGGGCAGAUUCCGUGCCAACCAAAGGAACAUGAGAGGUAGAGGGGGCAGAGGAGGUGUUCAAGGCAGUGUUAUGCAGUCUCUUGGCAAAGGUCUUAAAUCUAGGGAUACUUACAAGAGAAGUCAGGUUAAGAAAUGGGGUCAAGGCAGGCCACAAAUUAAAAUUAGGGACGCCUCAGUUACUGUGCGACCUGACUGGGUCACCAUUGAAGAAAUGGACUUUCCACGUCUUGGAAAACUUUCCCUUCCAAGCAUUAAGGACGGUGACGAUAUUAUGUGCUGCGGCGAGUUGGAAUAUUACGACAAAACGUACGACAGGGUGAACGUUAAAAACGAAAAACCCUUGCAGAGCGUUAACCGUAUUUUCCACACUGUCACCACCACGGACGAUCCGACGAUCCGUAAGCUCACCAAAACCGAGGGUAACGUUUACGCGACCGACGCCAUUCUGGCCACCAUCAUGUGCUGCACCCGUUCGAACUACUCGUGGGACAUCGUGAUCGAGAAGAUCGGCGACAAGUUGUUCUUCGACAAGCGCGACAACACGGAGUUCGAUUUGCUGACCGUGAACGAGACUUCCGUCGAGCCGCCGCAAGACGACGGCAACUCGCUGAACUCGCCCAGAAAUUUGGCGUUGGAAGCCACCUUCAUCAACCACAAUUUCAGCCAGCAAGUGCUGCGAGCCGGCGACAAGGAGCCGAGGUUCAAGUUCGCGCACCCGAAUCCUUUCGUCUCCGAGGAGGAGGAAGGCGAGGUCGCCAGCGUUGCUUACAGAUACAGGAAGUGGGAUCUUGGUGGCGGAAUUAUACUUGUGGCUCGUUGCGAACACGAUGCAGUGGUCCAAUCGCCAAACGGAGAACUCCAAUACCUCUCCAUCAAAGCCCUUAAUGAAUGGGACUCUAAACUAGCAAACGGCGUCGAAUGGCGUCAAAAACUGGAUACCCAACGUGGUGCAGUAUUGGCAAACGAACUUCGUAACAACGCUUGCAAACUGGCAAAGUGGACAGUCCAAGCACUUUUAGCCGGCAGUGACCAAAUUAAGUUUGGUUAUGUAUCGAGAGCGCACGUAAGGGAUAACAGCAAACACGUUAUUCUUGGUACGCAGCAGUAUAAACCACACGAAUUCGCCACCCAAAUUAACUUGAACAUGGACAAUGCCUGGGGUAUCCUACGUUGCAUUAUCGACAUUGUUAUGAAGCAGAAAGACGGUAAGUAUUUGAUUAUGAAGGAUCCCAACAAGCCCAUGAUUCGUCUUUAUGAUAUUCCGGAUAAUACUUUUGAAUCCGACGGCGAGGAUGAGUCUGAUGACGACGUUGCCCCGGAUUCUGCCGCCUUUCAAACUUUGUAUCCGUACGCUUCUACCAAGCGCACCUAAGAUGUUUUGUAUAUUCAAGUUUAUUCAACAAUAAAUUUAUUUAUAUACAUAA